AUGACUUAUUUUUAUCAAAUUAAAACAUAUUUAUUGGGUGUAUAAAUACAUAGUAGGGUUGUUAAUUAGCUCUUGAAGAAUAAUGUUUUCUAGCAUUCUCAGGGAUUAAUUUUAAGUGAGAUAGAGUUGGUUAAAAAAAUAUUCAUCAAGUUUGCAAUAAUGCAGAUCCUGACUUAUAUUUAAGUAAUGAAGAUUGCAAUUCAUCUAUUAAUGGUCAAAUAAUUUCACUUAAAUGAUAAAUAACAUGGAUUUAAGUGUUUUUGGACUGAUAGUUCAUGUAUAAACUGUUAUAUAAAUAAUAUUAGAAUGUGCAGAUGCUUUUUAAAAUUGAUUACACUAAUAAUGAUAUAUGGUUGUUAUAAAUGGCAAGGAAGCACAAUCUUAAUAAGGGCGCACAAUCUCCAUAAGGACGCAAUAUUUAUAAUGGUAAAUUGUGUUAAGAAUGCGGUAGGAUGGUAUUUAAUUGAGGGAUAUGCAUUUCAUAAUAUGGUGAUGGCUAUGUUGCAGAAAGUGAAUAAUGUAAUGAUAGAGAUACCAAUUAAUUUGAUAGAUGUUAUUAAUGUUCUCAUUAAUGAGACCAGAAAUGCAUAAAUAGUUUUCAGGGAUGAUGCUUAGAAUGUUAAAAAGAAUGUCUAGAAGAUUGAACCUUUUGCCAUCGUAUAUGUGGGCGUAGGUAUAUUGUUCAGAGAUUAGAAUAAUUUGAUGAUAGAAAUCUUAACAAUGAUGAUAUCUGUAGAAGUAUUUGCAAAGUUUUAUUUGAAUUGGAAGUGCUCAAUAGAGAAUAAUAUUAGUUUUUGCACCUAUAUAAUUCUAUUUGAUUUAAUAAUUAUCAUUGUAGAAAUUUCAGAAUCUUGA